UCUCCAACUGACAUGAGUUAAAUACGCACAGAGAGCGAGAAUAGAAUACACCUUGCAGCCGAGCGACACAGCAGGGAAUCAGUGAAUGUAGAAAUGACUUCUGCGUGGUGUUUAAUAUGACAGCACGCGCGGGAUAUGGGAAGAAGUAGGGUGUGUGUGGUGUUGAAGGUGACAUUCUCAUGGCCAGAACCAGCGCGGACGGGCUGCUCCGUCAGAACAACAGCAAACUGGACUCUUUCCUCAAAAGAAACGCCAGUCAGGAUGUGUACGAGCGGAUCCGGGUCUACGAGCCGUGUGUGGUGGUCUCGGGGUCGGUGAAGAAGGUUUUCAUGCAUGUGAUCCUGAGUGAUGAGCGCGUGUAUCUGAGCGAGUAUCAGCCGCGCGCGCUGCGUGAGGCGCUCAGCUUCAGACACAUCAAGAGCAUCGAGCUGAUCAAUGAUUUGCCUGAUUUCCUCAGCGGACAGGGUCGUGAACGCUCACUGCAUAUCCGCAUUGUUCAUACCACAAAGAAUCCUGGGAAAAAGAGCUCAAGACCCAAAGGAUCCGGUCAGAAUAAGCCAUCAUUUCCAGGACGGAGCUCGAGUGCCCGUCAUUCGCUGAAGAGUAAAAAAAUAUAUAUGUUUGUCUGUUAUAGUGAUGGUGGUCUGGAGGAAGAAGAAGGCAGCGUCAUUCCGGAGAGACGUUCAGCUUCCUGUCCGAACCCGGAUGAUUUGGCUCUGGCUGUGUUUAAUACGUCUCCCGCUCACUCCUCCAGCUCCAGUGACCAGCGAGAGAGUCCCAGCGCUUCAGUCCCGACAGCACUGAUGAGGAGAACAACAACAGAGGAGAAAGAGGAAGAGUUACACCUUUAUGCGGUAUCUCCAUCAUCCCGAAUAUACCUUCAUCUGCAGAGCUCCUGGAGCAGCUGCAUUAUAGCUAGUUGCACAUCUGCUCUGGGACAUUUCCUUACCAUCGGCUGGGUGUUUCGAUUGCUUAAACCACAUCCAUUCUUACUCCCGUUUGUGGGCUAUCAGGCCCAGCAGGUGGUUCUGCUUCUCUCAGGUCCCCAGGAUCCGCUCAGCCCGUCUCAGGCGGUUCUUCUGUACCAGCGCUGCCGUGUUUUGUUAGCCUGUCUGCAGCACAGCACCUGUUUGAGCGAAUAUAUCAGGACGGGAUUCAAGGAGGAGUUCAGGUACUAUGUGAAGACGUCAGGGCUGAAGGACAAACUGCCCCAUCACUACCCCAUCAGUCAGCCUGCCCAGCGCCUUCUAUCCCAGCUCCUCAAUCUCAUUCUCCAGAAACCUUGAGCUCUGGCUCUUUUUCUUUCUGUUCCUCUGGCAUCGAAUUUCUUGUUUCUGCAGACAGACGUGGGAAUGUGCCUUUGGAUGAAUAUGCUGCACUUUCAGAUGCUUGUGUUGUGUCUUACUGUGUGUUGAACAGAGACUGCGGGAUUUUACUCUGUUUAGCAUAUCGCCUUUGUCUACACUCAGGAUUAUUAUCACUGUAAUAUGCGUUACAUCACAGAACAGAUGAUAUAUUGAACUAUUUAUUAAAUAUGAAUAUGCAUUAAAUAGACUGAUAUCAAAUUGCACUUUUCAGUAAACAAAUUCAGGUUUGGCAGGUCACUCUUAUAUGAGACUGGUCACAGUAUUAUGAUAUGAAUACAUUUACUGUAGCUUAAGCCACUGGUACAGAUGCACUUAACU